AUGGAAUUCUGCAGCUCCACAGAGCGGGCUGUGAUCGUCCCAGCUGUGAUCGCUCCAGCUGUGAUCGCUCCAGCUGUGAUCACUCCAGCUGUGAUCGCUCCAGCUGUGAUCGCUCCAGCUGUGAUUGUUCCAGCUGUGAUCGUCCCAGCUGUGAUCGUCCCAGCUGUGAUCACUCCAGCUGUGAUCGCUCCAGCUGUGAUCGUUCCAGCUGUGAUCGCUCCAGCUGUGAUCGUUCCAGCUGUGAUCGUUCCAGCUGUGAUCGUCCCAGCUGUGAUCGCUCCAGCUGUGAUCGCUCCAGCUGUGAUCACUCCAGCUGUGAUCGUCCCAGCUGUGAUCGCUCCAGCUGUGAUCGUUCCAGCUGUGAUUGUUCCAGCUGUGAUUGCUCCAGCUGUGAUCGUUCCAGCUGUGAUCGCUCCAGCUGUGAUCGCUCCAGCUGUGAUCGUCCCAGCUGUGAUCGCUCCAGCUGUGAUCCUUCCAGCUGUGAUCGGGGCUCUCUGGGAGCAGCCAGAGGAGGAGGAGCGCGGGAUGGACCCUUCCCCAAGGGACGAUGAUCCUGAGACCCUCGGACACCCAUCCCGGGACCCCCGCGGGUCGGUGAUUCCGGGACCCCCGUACGAUGACCAACCCCGGGAUUCCCGUACGAUGACCAACCCCGGGAUUCCCGUACGAUGA